AUGUCUAACACUAGCCGCUUCGUUACCCUGCAUAAGUACGUGCCCUAUCGCGCUCUGCAACCCGACGAUCUCGUCAUCGAACAUCGGCCAAAUCCCUCAAUCCAAGCAGGGCAAGUUCUCCUCCAACCUAUCGCUUUCUCGGUCGACCCGGUGACGCAGAACCGGCUGACAGGGCGGCCGGGUUUUCUUCCACAGAUUGCGCUCGGUGCCCCUAUUGACGGCCCAGCUGUUAGACGGGUCACUGACUCCCGCCAUCCUGACCACUCUGUUGGUGAUCUCGUUGUGGGUUUGAUGGACUGGGCAAGUUACAGUGUGUGGCAUCCGAGUGAUGAUGACUUUUUAGGUCUCAGCAAAAUCGACGGAAGGCUGGGGAAACCCUCGCACAUGCUUGGCGUGUACGGGAUCAACGAACUUACCGCGUAUUUCGGAAUUAUCGAAGUCGGCGACGUGCAGCCGGGGGAGGCAGUCCUUAUUUCCAGCGCGGCUGGCCCGUCGGUGCGAUAG